AUGCCAUUUUUACGCAAAAAAUCAUCCCCUCAAUGCAAUCGUUCGCAACAGACAGUUCGUGGAAAGUUCGAUAUGCAUUUAGCAAUCAACUGGAAAAGACUGCUAGCAGAUCCCGAAGCCGAGGUGCGUUCCUCCAUAUGCAAGAACCUCACGAAAUUGAUUCCUCUACUGGAUUUGGAAUUUGUGCAGUCUAGCCUUCUUGAAGAGAUGGAAAAACUUGUGCAGGAUGAGAGCCCUUUUACGCGUUCUUCUUUAUCAUGCUGCAUUGGCGUGCUCGCGUGUCGUCUGAAUGGCGAUAGCACUAUUGUUGAUAGAAUUACGAGCUUUUUAAACACCCUGCUGCGGGAUCCCUCCACAGAGGUCAGACUGAACGCCCUCAAGUCAAUUUCGGAAAAUGUUGAAGAUUUUUCGUGCCUCAGCUCGCUUUCCACAUCCCUUAUUUAUGCCAUUGUGCAGCUAUCAAACGAUGCGUCGUGGAGGAUUAGAAUAGAAGUGCUCCGGUUGGCACCAAUGCUUUCAAAGAAGCUGGGGGCGCUUUCCUCCAUCCUUCUUCAAGGCCUCAUUGAUAGGUCCUUUUCUGUGCGGAAGGAAGCUGCGCAAAUGCUCUUCGAAUGUGCGAGUCUUUUUGGCAUCAAGUGGAUCGUUGAAAACUUUAUCCCAUUCAUGCUCACCUACUCGAAGCAUUCCAAUCAUUUGAUACGGCAGGCAUCGCUAUUUGCAUUCCAAGCGCUCAUUUCUUUUUGCACAAAGGAGGUGGUUGAAGAGUAUUAUCUGCCCACGCUUGGGCUGCUAGCGGAAGAUCCCGUGCCCAAUAUUCGCUAUUGCCUAAUUCCGAUUAUUUUGGACUUGAAGUAUUUAUCAAAAACAAUUGGGCGCAAGGGCUCGCCCUCCAAUGCCAUUUGCGAAGCACUGGAGAAGAUCAAAGACGCCCUUCUUUGCGACGCACAUCCAAUCGUCAGGGCAGAGGCAGAAAAGACCCUCAAGACGGACUGCGAACGGGCUGAUACUCUAAGAUAA